UCAAAGUAGGCUGCCUCAAAGUUGGGAGAUUGUUCAGUCUCCGCCCAUCAGUGCACGUUAAAUAGUGAAACCUGAGAGUGUGGCAGGCCUGUUUGUAUAUGUCGCCCCACUCUCCUCUGGAAGCUGCCGUCUCACAGCAUUAUGAAAGGUCAGACAGGAGAUGUGGAGAACAUGCCCAAAAUGGAGCCGUCCAACGCACACAGCAAACCUCUGGACAUUGUGCCAAGCCAUGAUGAGAAGAUGAUAGACCGGGGUCAGUGGGGCAACAAGAUUGAGUUUGUUCUGUCAGUGGCUGGGGAGAUUAUUGGCCUGGGAAAUGUCUGGCGUUUCCCCUACCUUUGUUAUAAAAAUGGAGGAGGAGCCUUUUUCAUCCCAUACCUCAUCUUCUUGUUUGCCUGUGGGAUCCCGGUCUUCUUCCUGGAGACAGCUUUGGGUCAGUAUACCAGUGAGGGAGGCAUCACCUGCUGGCGAAAAGUCUGCCCAUUAUUUGAAGGAGUGGGUUACGCCACCCAGGUAAUUGUUGCUCUCCUGAAUGUCUACUACAUUGUUGUGCUAGCCUGGGCCAUCUUCUAUCUGUUCAACUCCUUCACCUGGGACCUACCUUGGGCGUCCUGCAACAACACAUGGAACACAGAUUCCUGUACGGUAUUUCAGAGGGGGAAUAGCUCCAUCACUCUCCAUGAGAACGCCACCUCUCCUGUCAUAGAGUUUUGGGAGCGCAGAGUGCUGAGGAUUUCAUCAGGGAUUGAUCACAUCGGUGCUCUGAAUUGGGAUCUGGUUGCCUGUCUGGCCGUUGCGUGGGUUAUCUGUUACUUCUGCAUCUGGAAGGGAGUCAAAUCCACUGGCAAGGUGGUUUACUUCACAGCCACCUUCCCGUAUGUUAUGCUGAUUGUACUACUGAUCAGAGGGGUGACCCUGCCUGGAGCCUCCAGGGGAAUCCACUUCUAUCUUUACCCUGACUUGGGACGGCUGUCUGACCCACAAGUUUGGAUGGAUGCAGGAACUCAGAUCUUCUUCUCUUAUGCCAUCUGCCUUGGCUGCCUCACUGCACUGGGAAGCUACAACAAAUAUAACAACAACUGCUACAAGGAUUGCCUGUGCCUUUGCUUCCUGAACAGUGGCACUAGCUUCAUUGCAGGCUUUGCCAUCUUCUCCAUCUUGGGCUUCAUGUCCUACGAGCAAAAUGUGCCCAUCUCAGAAGUGGCUGAAUCUGGUCCAGGGUUAGCCUUCAUAGCAUAUCCUCGUGCAGUGACCAUGAUGCCCUUUUCUCCUCUCUGGGCCUGCUGCUUCUUUGUCAUGAUUGUUUUUCUGGGACUUGACAGCCAGUUUGUUUGUGUGGAGAGCCUAGUGACAGCCAUGGUAGACAUGUAUCCCUCUGUUUUCCGCCGUAAAAACCGCAGGGAGCUCUUCAUCCUGGCAGUAGCUGUGGUUUCCUUCCUUGUGGGGCUCAUAAUGCUGACAGAGGGAGGCAUGUAUGUCUUCCAGCUCUUUGACUACUAUGCAGCCAGUGGGAUGUGUCUACUGUUUGUGGCCAUUUUUGAGACCGUUUGCAUUGGUUGGAUUUACGGGGCUGAGCGUUUCUAUGACAACAUUGAGGAUAUGAUUGGUUACCGCCCUGGGCCCAUCAUCAAAUACUGCUGGCUUUUCUUCACCCCAGCCACCUGCUUGGGAACUUUUGCAUUUGCAUUGAUCAAGUACUCACCUCUGAAGUACAACAAUGAGUAUGUGUACCCGUUGUGGGGGGAUGGGGUUGGCUGGAUCCUGGCUCUGUCCUCCAUGCUUUGCAUCCCCCUCUGGAUGGCAGGGAAGCUCUACUUCACACCAGGAACCCUGAAAGAACGCCUCGCUCUCUUGAAGACUCCCUCCACGGACUUACCGAAGACCAAGAAGGAGCAGGAGAGGCUACUGGCCACCUUCUCAGCAGGCGGAGACAAUCAUCAGAAAAAGAACUGCUACCUAACUGUCGAUGAGAAGGAGUCUGGCUGCUAGAGACUUGAGAAUCUUACGGGAGUCUUGUAACACUCCUCAGAUUUGGUACUUUCUUCCACAUACCUCACCAGACAAGGUGGUGACUUAGAAAGAGAGCCUUGGAUUCACCUCACCUAGGAGCACCACCUUGCUGUUGAAGCUUCUUCUCGUCUGCAGUGCCUUCAACAAAAGCUCUACUCCCUCUUUUGCAGAGAGCAUUAACAUCUCAUUUGCCAGUUGCAGAGUAAUGUGUAAAAAUGGGACACUUUUAGAUCCUCGGUGGCAAAGAAACCUGCUUUCUAAGGAAGCAUUUUCAUCUGUUUUCUAAUGUUUUUGCAAUUUUGGUUACUUGCUUGAUUCUAGCAGUGUCAUUUGCAGCAGAUGGAGCACAAGAAGUGUCCCGAGACUGCACAAACCAUAAAGGUUAACUUAAAUAAUGUUCAUUUAACUGACUUUGUUUUUCUGUGAAUGCAACCAUGUUUAGUAUUCAAGCCUAUGAAGGUGUACCAUCAAGAGCUAAUGACGUCUAAGGUCAAUUUAUGUUCUAAUAUUGCACAACAGUGACAGAUGUUUACUAAUAACUCGUUUUUGUGAGUGUAAGAACUGGAUUUCAAAUCUACAUUCAGCUCAAACCAUCACAACUAAGUUCAACUGCUUCUUUUUAAAUUCUAUGUUAAAUUUUGUGUUAGUGAUUCUUUUGAUCCUAUUUUUAAAUUUUCCAUCAGGUCGACUGAUUUGUGUAGAGCUGAAUGGAUGUUUCAUUGCUCUUAUUUCUACUUUUACUCAUGAGAUGUUGGCACAGAUUCAUUUUGUUUGGUUUUCCUUGCAUUAAGUGCAUUGAACUGUAUGAAAUCAAAAUGCAACAAGUGUCUGAAUGGAACCGCUGCGUUCCCUGGAUAUCAAAGGUCAAAAGGUUUCAUUCCAAAGGCAACAUCUAGCUCAUCACCUCUUUCUGCUGCACACAGGGAACAUCAGCUGUUGUUCAUCUGUUAGCUCGUCAGGUUGACCACUGAUACAGAACGUGUUUAUCCACCACAACCAAUCCACUGUCAUCUGGACAAAGCAGGCAGCACUGUGAAGGUCAUGUUCUUUGAUUUCUCCAGUGCAUUUAACACAAUCCAGCCUGAUGUACUUUGCCAGAAGCUCCAGAAGACACGAGGGGGGGGGGGGGGGGGGGGCUCAACUCUCGCCUGGAUUAAAGACUACCUGACAAACAGACCACAGUUAGUGAGGCUGAAGAACUGCACAUCAAACCAGGCGAUCAGUUACAUUGGAGCACCACAGGGGACUGUACUCUCACCAUUCCUUUUCACCCUGUACAUCUCAGACUUCCAGUGCAAAUCAGAGACCUGUCAUCUACAGAAAUACUCAGAUGACUCUGCAGUUGUCGGGUGUAUCAGAGAUGGACAGGAAGCUGAGUACAGAGAGCUGGUGGAGCGCUUGUAGCAUGGUGUGGAAACAAUCAUCUGACCUUGAACGUGAACCAAACAAAGGAGAUGAUUUUAAACUUCAGAAGAAACAGGGUGGAGUCAAACACUGUUUCCAUCAUGGGAGAAGAAGUGGAGGUGGUUGAGGAAUACAAAUACCUUGGAGUUCACCUGGACAACAGACUGGACUGGAGAAAGAACAGCGAAGCCGUUUACAAGAAGGGACACAGCAGACUGCACUUCUUGAGGACGCUUAGGUCCUUCAAUGUCUGUAGCAAGAUGCUGCAGGUCUUCUACAAGUCUGUUGUUGAGAGUGUAAUCUCUUCAGCCAUCGUCUGUUGGGGCAGUAGCAUCAGAAGCAGGGACCUGAAAAGGCUCAACAGCCUAAUAAAAAAGGAUGGUUCUGUUCUGGGGACGACUGUGGAACCACUGGAGGAGAUAAUGCAAAGAAGGAUUCUCCAGAGAAUCAAGAGAAUUAUGGACAACCCUGAGCGUUCUCUUCACAAGACUGUCCGACAACGGAAGAGUGUCUUCAGUCAGAGGCUUCUUCAGUUUUGCUGCAACACUGACCGCUACUGGAGAUCCUUCCUGCCAACAGCCAUUGUAAUAUACAAUAAGUCUUUGAUGACUUGAUUAUUAUUAUUAUUAUUCUGAGCUACUACAGCAAUCAAUUUCCCUCUGGGAUUAAUAAAGUAUUUUUGAAUUGAAUUAAAUUGAAUUAUAACUUUUAGAUGCUAAAAACAUUGUUUUUCACUGAAUAAUACAACCCUGUUUGACAUUUCUGCCCAUAUUUUGAGGGAUUUUAUUCAUUGACCUUACUGGAUUUUACUACCUUGUUAUAAUAAAAAAGAAAGAAAAACAGUUGA